AUGCAUUCAUCAAAAGAAAAUUUAUGUAUUAAUGAUCAAUUAGGUCUUGAUAAACAAGAUAAUCGUCCAGAUAUUGAUUCACCAACACGUAGUUAUGCAAUUAUUGAAACAAAUCCAAAUGAAUUAGAUCAUAUUAUUGAUCUUCUUCGACAAUUUUUUCCGAAGACAAAAGUUAUUGAAUAUAGUAAUCAAAAUCAUUCGCCAAAUCCAACAAUUCCACAACAACAACAACAAAUAUCCUUUGAAUCAAUUUGUAAUUCUCCUUUUUCAAUAUUAUCAAAAUCAUCAUUUGACAGUGAUAUUAAUAAUGAUCAAUUAUCAUCAAACACAAGUCCACAAACAUUUAAAGGUAAAGUAAAAGAUUAUUUACAACGUCGUUAUUUAGAACAAGUUCGUGAACAUGAAUCUCCUAAAGAAACCUUGACAAAAUUUCCUAAUGAAAAUACAAAUUCACUUGAUAUAUCAUCAAAUUCAAAUGUUAAUAAACCUUUAAUAACUUUAAAAUCUCAUUCAUUUGAUUCAUCAUCAAUUGUAACUGAACAACCCAUAGCUGGUAAUUUAAUUCAAACAAAUUCUCCUUCUUUUCUACAUUCACAAAGCAAACGAGGUUUAUUACAACGUUCUACAAAUAUUGAUAUGGAUGAUACAUCGAAUGCUACUGGAAACAUUAUUUUUACUAUAGAUCAACAUGAUGAUGACGAUGAUGAUAAUGACAAAUCUUGUGUAUUUCGACAUUCAUAUUCUGAAUCACAAACAAACGAUAAUAACAAUCAUUGGUUUAUACCUUGUUAUCAUGCAGGUGAACAGGAAAAAGACAAAAGAACAUCAUCGUUUUCUAGUAGAAUAUCAUUACCACAUAUGCCUCAUUUAGCAUCAAGUGAUCCUGGUCCAUUUCAUUCACCAUGGUUUAAUACAUCUACUUUUUCCUAUGAAUUUCGGUUUCCUGAAUGUCAAGAACAACUAGCUGCUAAUUCAGAAGGAAGUAUUGCUCAAUUAUCAACGUUAACAAACACGCUGUGUGAUGAAUCAACUGACUUUGCUCUUGUUAGUCCAGGAUGCAAAACAGAAAAACACGACGUAAUUACUUCUAAAGAUUUAUCGUCGAUUCUAUCUUGUCAGAUUUGUGGACAAGAAUUUGUUUCACGUCAAAUGUAUUUAACCCAUUGUCGCACUCACCUUAAAAAUUCAUCUCAAGAUGAUCUUUCUGAUAUAUUAGAUUUCGAUCCAAAUUAUGAUCGUUCUAGUAAUUCACGUGAUUUUUCAUGUAAAAUAUGUUCAAAACAUUUUGCUCGUAGUGAUAUGUUAAAUCGACAUUUACGUUUACAUGCUGGUACUCGUCCAUAUCGGUGCGUAAUAUGCAAUGCUUAUUUUUCACGUAGUGAUCAUUUAUCAACACAUUUUCGUACACAUACGGGUGAAAAACCUUAUACAUGUUCCCAAUGUUCAUAUUCCGCAUGUCGACGAGACAUGAUUACAAGACAUUUAAAAAUUCAUACGAAACAACGUCCAGAACGAAAACGUUCUACGACAACUAUUGCUUCAAAUGGCGAUUCUUCAAAAUAA